CGACUAUUUGAAAGUCCGAAUCCAUAAGGAAGACUAUAUUGGGUUCCCUUUCUUUGAGAAGCUUCACCAAUCUUCUUACAGUCGUGAGAUUUUCCAAACCAUAAUAUUUUUGUAGUUUAGAAUACUCGUUGGACUAGGUGACCUUCCUUCCUUUACUAUAAGGUGGCUAUACGGUCCGGUUAAAUUGGCCCGAAUUGAUCCGGUCCCAGUUCGGUCUUUUUGAGAAUAUAAGACCAAAGAUUGGAUUGGAUAUAGUUCGGUCUUAAUCCAGUCCGGUCCCUAUUCGGUCUUGAUUUUAGAUUGAGUUUGUGGGGAUUUGAGUGGUCUGAUGGGGGAAUUUGAGUGGCCUAAGGCCUGAAAGGGUGAGGAGGAUAAAUUUUGAGUGUUAGGCUCUCUUAUUCGGUCUUUAUCCGGUUUUCGGUCCGAUCCCAAACAGUUUUUUACCUUAAAUCUAGGCCCGAAAAUUAGAUUGGAUUAUUUGCUAUCCGGUCCCAGUCCGAUCUCGAUCCGAGUUAUACGAUCCAGUUUUGGGUAAAACCAAAAAGCCCGGACCAAAUAAUCAGCCCUCCUUUGCAAGGUCCGCCGCACCGUUAUAUUUCUUUUCUUGAGUGUUUUGGGGAAUUGCCCUUUCAGGUGGAUUAUGUAUGUUCCCCAUCCAGACCACCAUUUUCAGUCAUAACUUCAAAACUUUAUUAAAAAAAAUUAUAUCCACUUUGAUAUAUUUUCGGAAAAAAAAUUUUAAGUCAUAACUUCAAAAAAAAAUUUUAAGUCAUAACUUCAAAAAAAAAUUGCACUCCUCAAUCAUAUAAAUUAUGCUCUUCAAAAUGAUAUUCACUUUGAUAUAUUUUCGGAACAAUUUUUUUUUAGAAAUUUAGUACCAGUCUAUACCAAGGUGAUAAUGCUUGGUACUACAUAAAAUCAUACCAUAUGGUAUAGGAAUGUACCAUGAUGGUAUGGACAUACCAGAGGGUAUAAUGGUUAAAUACAUGAUAGUAGGAAUUUACGAAUUGUCAUUUACCACAUUCAUCAUUGUGUACCACUAGUUACCAUCCCAAUACCAGGGUGGUAUGGAGUGGUACAUUUUGGUCCAAUCUUUUUUCUUCAGAAAUUUGUAGAACCAAUAGAUUACGAAGAUUUCGUUUCAUCUGUGUAAAAAAAUCAAAAUUCGAGUUAAAAACGAAGGUGCUACCAAGUGGCAUGAAAUGGUUUUCUUGAAAUAUAUUGAUAAUAGAUAUAAUUUUGUAGAUCGCAACUAACUCAUCCAUAUGUGCAAAAAAAAAAGUUGAAUUCUAUAUUAGAACGAAGAAGAUAGGAGUCAGUUAAAAAAAAUAAAAAAAAUAAAAAGUCAUUAAUUCUCACCCUUUAUAUCUAGAUUUUCUCACUCUACUCAAAUCUAUUCAAAUCUAUGAAUCCAAAUUUAGCUAUGUAAGGUGCACAACCCCUAGACCCAAAUAAGUAAAUAACACAUCCCAUAAUAAGUGCUUCGAUCAAGAUAAGUAGAUAACCAAUAGAUUAAAUAAGAAACUAAUGGCGGCCAAUAAAAUGUCAAAUUAUUAAAUCUCCGUUUUCAUGGUCAAGUGCAUUCAUCUUCAUAAUAAUAUAAGCAAUACAUUAUACCUAUCAUACUUUAAUUUGAAUCACACAAAUGGUAAGAGUAUCGAAAUCUAUGUUUUCCAAAAUAAAAUUGAUAUUCUUCAACUAUAAAUAUCGAUUUACAUUGAAACUCUCAAUUCAUUCAGAUUAACAUUCCGAGCAUAUAUAUCAAAUGCAAAUAUGAAGCCAAUCGUUUUAUUUUCUUUUCUCUUUUUCAUCUUCUUUGUCACAGGAGCUACAUCAGCAACUAGGAUGAACAGCGAAUGGCAUCCUGUAGCGAAUCUAAAAGACAAUCACACAAUUGAGAUUGUGGAAUUCGCAAUAAAGUAUAUCGAUAAAGCACUCGAUGGAGCUAACUUAAAGCUCGUGCAGGUUGAUAAAGGCAUAUUUCAAAAAGUUGGAGAUGGUGUUAUUUAUCGCUUUGUUUUUAUGGCCUUCGAAAUUACCACUCAAUUUUACGAAGCAACCAUUCUAGAGGGGCGCAAUGGUGACUUGAAGGUUCUCUCAUAUGCUAAAUGAUUGCAUGUUGCUGAGUGUAAUUUUCUAAAUGGAUGGUAUUGUAUUGUGAAUGCGAUUCCCUACCAUAAUCUUACAAUAAAAUAAUGAAAAUUGCCCAAAAAAUAUAUUUGUCUUUACUGUUAGUGGUUGUGUCGUAUCGAUUCAGUAUUGUAGCACGUAACAAUUCCCCUUUUAAUUUGUUGAUGUCUGGAUAAAGGAUUAUUAAGGUGGGUUUACGACCUUGGAUAUAUUCCAUAUGUUUGGCCCGACUUUUAUAAGUCCUUUUCGGGUUCAAAAGCUGAAGCAGGGCCAAAUACCUAUAAAAGCUCGGCUUUUGAAAAGCCGAAAAGCGCUUUUUGUAUAACAUAAAAGCAGAAGCUCCGAUUUGGAGCUUCUGCGAAAAGCUGUUUUGAAAAUACAAGAUUAUCCUUACUAGUGGCGGAUCUAUAAAAUUUUAACAGGGGUGUCCUCUUCAAAAAAUAUUAAAAUAAAAUAAAUAAUUCAUAAAUAAAAAAAUAUCGGACCAGUAAAAAUUUUAACAUACGGCCACGACGUAUUUUUAUAUUCUGAAAAAGAAUAAAAAAUAGGCUUGGUAAAUUUCUCAACAAAUCUGUAUAUCCUACUAGACAAUAGUUCACGAACUGAUCGCAUAUGGAUUUCUAACCUUGUUUUUUAUGUAACUCAAAGUUGAAAAGACUCUUCCAACACUUGUUGUGUAAUCAUAAAAUUAAUUCCAAUUAAGGUUAGUUAAUUGUAGGUUUUGGAAAUAGUCGGUGAUAAGGAAUAACUUUUUACUAUUAUGUAGUGUUUAAAAUAGAACAACAAAUGAGUUGCAAUUUAAUGGAGGACAAUGUUUAAAAAAUAUAGUAUAUCCUAAGUUUGAAUAACACAGACUAUCACUUAUUUUUUUAAAGUAUACGCAAACUACUACUGAGGAUAGGAUUAUCGUUGUAGGGGUGUCCCGAAUCACUAAUUAUAAUUUUUUAUCCAUACAAAACUACUACCGGGGGUUGAAUAAUCGUAUUCUCAAAUUUAAGGGGUGUCCCGGGACACCCCUAAACCCUCAUGUUUCCGCCCCUGAUCCUUACUAAAUUUUAAUUUUAUUUCAGAAAAUAUAAUUUUCCUUCAUAUAUAUCAUUUUAAAAAUAAAAUAAAUUAUAAAAUCAUAUUAUUUCAUAUUAAAGAAAUUUAACAAGAUCGAUUUUGACUACUUUUUAUUGUUUAGAUUUUUUUUUAUAUUAUGUCCUUUAUAGUCGUUUUACACAAUCUCUCACAUUAAAAAGCACUUCUAAUAGUUUUACAGCCAAACACUCAACUGUUUUUUUUUUAAGUAUUUAUCUAAAAGCUCCAGCCAGAAGCUUCUUCUGCAAAAGCUACAGCAGGGCCAAACUAAACUAUUAAUAGAGGAAUGGGAAAAUUGCAACUCUCAUUUCAAAUUUUGUGUUUUGAGAGUGUGUCUAUGAACGCCAUUUUCAUAAUUGCUCAAUUUGUCUUUUAUAUAUUAAAAAUGAGAUUAUUGAGAUUUGAAACUGAUCACUUAUAUGAAGGAAGAGUUCUACAACCAACUAGGUUAUAUUGUAUUUAAUGCAAUUGCUUUUUUUUAACUCUAAACACAUAUUUUUUGUUUGCGGUUUCGUAUUUAUAUUUUACUUGAAGUCUAUAUUUUAUAAAAAGAGAAUAAGUUUGAAGUCGAAGCUCGGCCAAAAUCUCAUAAACUGACUAGAAAAGGGUUUCCAAGUUCUUGUAAACCACGUAACUUCUUGAACAAUACUUCUAGAAGAUUAAAGUUGGAACGACAAUAAAGCAAUGGUUAAGACUAUGUAAAUAAUAACUUAAUCGAAAUCGGCACAGAGGUUUACACGAUUUCCUCCUAGACCAUGGAUGAAACUAUUGUUUCUCUUAUUCUACCGCGUAUACAUUCUACACUAGCGUGGCCCCGGCCAAUUGACCGGAGAAAGAUGAGGUAUGAAAUUUGAUAAUAUAAUGGGAGUAUAGUU